CGUGUGUGUGUACGUGAGUGUGUGAGUGUGUGAGAGAACUUGAGUGAGUGAGAAGAGUGAGUGUGUGUGUGUGUGUGUGUGUGUGACAGACCUGCCUGUCUGUCCCCCAUACGCAGCUGUGGGGCCUCUGAUAUGGAACAUGAAAGCAACUCUGCGGACGGGCCUGGUUCUGCCCCUGAGCCUGGUUCUGCCCCUGGUUCUGGGCCUGGGCCUGAUUCUGCCCCUGGGCCUGGUUCUGCCCCUGCCACCCUGAGGUACCAUGUGGACCGGGACGUCUACAGUGAAGCCCGGCUCCACUCCUCUGUUCUGCACAAAAGGGAGCGCGACCCAAAGGGCCUCUGCCAGAGAGUCGGUGAGCAUGUGCGGUGUUCUCGUGAGCGUGUGAAGGCGGGGGCUCUGAGUCUGCUGCCCAUAGUGUCAUGGCUGCCGGUGUACCCAGUGAAGGAGUACCUGAUUGGGGACCUGGUGUCUGGCCUCAGCACUGGGGUCAUGCAGCUGCCACAGGGCCUGGCGUACGCCAUGUUGGCUGCGGUCCCUCCAGUGUAUGGUCUGUACUCGUCCUUCUACCCUGUGCUGCUCUACACCUUCUUUGGGACCUCCAGGCACAUCUCUAUAGGAACCUUCGCUGUGAUUAGUCUGAUGAUAGGAGGCGUGGCCGUGAGGGAGGCGCCGGACGCCAUGUUCUACGUCUUGGGCAACGGAACCAACGCAACAACAACAACAACAACAACAACAAUGGUUCUAGAUGUGGAGGCACGGGAUGCCAGAAGGGUUCAGCUGGCCGUGGCUCUCACCACUUUAGUGGGGCUCAUCCAGCUGCUGCUGGGUGUUUUGCGGUUCGGUUUCGUGGCGAUCUACCUGACGGAGCCUCUGGUGCGCGGCUUCACCACCGCUGCAGCAGUGCACGUGUUCGUGUCGCAGCUCAAGUACCUGCUGGGCAUCAAGACCGAGAGAUACAGCGGACCACUGUCUGUAGUAUGGAGUGUGGUUGCCGUAGCGACGAACAUCCGUGACACCAACCUCAGCACGAUGCUGGUCGGCUUAGUUUGUAUGGUGUUCCUCUACGGGGUCAAGGAGGUCAACGAGCGCUUCAAGAAGAAGCUGCCUGUGCCCAUCCCUGGAGAAAUCAUUGUGGUGAUCGUGUCCACGGGGGUGUCUUACGGGAUGAACCUGUUCCAGAACUACCAGGUGGCAGUGGUGGGCAAGAUCCCUACAGGACUGCUUCCUCCUGCUCUGCCAGACCACACCCUCUUCUCCGCGGUGGCAGCAGACUCGGUUGCCAUAGCAGUGGUUGGCUUCUCAAUGGGCAUCUCGCUGGCAAAGAUCUUCGCCCUGAAGCAUGGGUACAGUGUGGAUGGCAACCAGGUGACGGGCACACUGGAGCUAAUUGCGUUAGGAGUGUGUAACUUCGUCAGCUCGUUCUUCCAGACUUUCGCAAUCACCUGUUCCAUGUCCCGUAGUCUCGUGCAAGAGAGCACAGGAGGAAGGACUCAGAUUGCCGGACUGCUGUCGUCUUUGGUGGUGCUGCUGGUUGUCGUGGCGAUUGGCUUUGUGUUUGAGCCUCUCCCCCAGACAGUUCUGGCUGCCAUCAUUAUGGUAAAUCUGCAAGGAAUGUUUAAGCAGUUGAGAGACAUUCCCACACUCUGGAGGACCAGUCACAUAGAGCUGGCCAUCUGGAUCGUGGCCUUUGUGGCAUCAGUGUUGCUUGGACUGGACUAUGGCCUCAUGGUGUCCAUCAGCUUCGCCAUCAUCACAGUCAUCUACCGCACACAGAGCCCAAAGAGCAUGCUCCUUGGACAGAUCCCAAACACAGGACUGUACUACGACGUAGAUCAAUAUGAGGAGUGUGUGGAGUGCUCAGGGAUUAAAAUCUUCCACAUGAACUCCUCCAUCUACUUCGCCAACAGUGAGCUGUACAUCACCGCCCUGAUGCAGAAGACGGGUGUGAACCCCACUGCUCUGCUGGCCCGUAAGGCUCAACAGAAGAAGAGGAGGAAGAAGCAGGAGAGAGAGGCGGAGAAGAAGAGCACCAUCAUCAAACUGGACGUGGAUAAGGGCGUGUCCCAUGCGGUUGUGGACGUGCGAUUGGCUGUCCAGGCUAACGGACAGGUGCCAGAGAGCACCUCAGACUGGGACUGCGAGGAGACGCUCUUCCUGGAGGAGGGGCCUGAGGGGGCGGGGGGGACGGAGGGGGCGGUCCACACCAUCAUCCUGGACUUCAGCCCCGUCAGCUUCAUCGACUCCGUGGGGGCCAAAGCCAUCAAGUCUGUGGUGAAGGAGUACGCCGCUGCAGACGUGUGUGUGUUCAUCGCUGGCUGUAGCCGGACCGUGCUGUCUCAGCUCAGGACGCUCCAGUUCUUCGGGCAGGUCGUGACCCCUGACGUCGUGUUUCCCACCAUCCACGACGCCGUGUUGCACUGCCAGCUCAGCAAGUCCCGCCCGCUGCUGCUGCUGCUGCUGCUGCUGCUGCUGCUGCUGCUGCUGCUGCUGCUGGCCAAUGAGCACGGAGGAGAGAGCCUGAUUGACAGGACCCCCGUGAUCCAGCAGGAUUGCGAUGAUUGGAUGAUUCCUCUAGCAUUCCAGGACCGCGGAGCACUUUCUUGUUGUAUGCACUAGCCAAGCUGUGUGGGGAAGCCACACGCCAGAAGUCUAUAUGUAUCUAUAUAUUUAUAUAUAUAUAUAUAUAUUUUUUU